AUGGCUGACCGUGAUAGCGCAUCUGAAAGCGAUUCAAGCUCGAUCGACGGAGGGCCAAUAAUGAUGCCACCGUCUCCUGUAACUAGAGAACAACUUCAAAAAAGAAUUGAGUCACUACAACAGCAUAAUCGUGUUCUUAAAGUUGAAUUAGAAACGUAUAAAUUAAGAGUAAAAGCAUUACAAGAAGAAAAUCGUGGUCUUCGGCAAGCCUCUGUCAUUAUACAAGCUAAAGCUGAACAAGAAGAGGAAUUUAUAAGUAAUACAUUAUUAAAAAAAAUUCAAGCUCUUAAAAAAGAAAAAGAAACUUUAGCACAUCAUUAUGAACAAGAAGAAGAAUGUUUAACAAAUGAUUUGUCAAGAAAGUUGAAUCAAUUGCGUCAAGAAAAAUGUAGAUUGGAACAAACUUUAGAACAAGAACAAGAAUGUCUUGUGAAUAAGUUAAUGAGGAAGAUAGAAAAACUUGAAGCUGAAACACUUGCAAAACAAAGCAAUUUAGAACAGUUACGUAGAGAGAAAGUAGAACUUGAAAAUACACUUGAACAAGAACAGGAAGCAUUAGUAAAUAAAUUAUGGAAAAGAAUGGAUAAAUUGGAAGCUGAAAAACGAAUGCUUCAAAUAAAAUUAGAUCAACCUGUGUCAGAUCCUGCUUCGCCAAGAGAAAUCAAUAAUGGUGAUACUGCUACCAGUCUAAGUGCACAUAUUCAAACUUUAAGAAGUGAAGUAGCCAGAUUAAGACAUACCUUGUUUAUUUCACAACAAGAACAUACAGAAAAAAUGCAACGAUAUGUAAAUGAAGAAAAACAAAUUCGUGAAGAAAAUUUAAGACUUCAGAGAAAAUUGCAAUUGGAAGUAGAGCGUCGUGAAGCUUUAUGUAGACAUCUUUCGGAAUCAGAAUCUAGUUUGGAAAUGGAAGAAGAACGGCACUACAAUGAAAUUGUGAUGUCUGGUGGAAAUAUUAGAAAUCGUACUGUUUCUAGCCCAGUACCAUAUAAUCCUUCACCUAGUUCCUCUAGACCACUAAGUCCAGGCUCAUCAACCAGAGAGGGAUUUAAUACAAAUCGAUGUUAUGCUUGUGGACAACCUACUACAAUUCCGUUUGCAAGUUCAUCGCCUCCUUCCACUGGUCACGUGGUAACCUCAUCCAAUAGACGCACAUCAGAUAGAUUCAUUAAACCUGCAAUUCCUCCAACUAUUGUAAGUCCAAGUGGUCCACCAAUUGCGGCUAAUACAGCUACAAAUACAACUGGUGGAUCACCAAUGGAUAUUACUAAAACAUAAGUCAGUUGAAUUCAUCUAAUAACAAAUAUUUCAUCGUGUAUUCGUAUAAAGUACUUUUUUGUUGAUGCAUUUUUGCUAUGUGAUUGUAUAACAUACUUGAGAGUUAUUUUUAAAAACAUUUUGUUUUUUAACAUUUCAGUCAUUUUUUUCUGUUUUUAUGAUAAUAGUAUAUUGCGCAUAAAUUAGUUUCGAAAUAUCCAUAAAAUUGAAUAUUUUAUGAAUUGCUCUGUAUUUGGUAUCAAGUCGCUUAAA